UUUGAACCUUCAAAAUCAGCUGAUCAAGAUUAAAUAAACUAUACAAUAUUAAAAGAUUGUGCUGUUUCUUUAUUUAGGUGAUUUGAUUAACACUCAAAACUCUGCUUGAACUGCAAUGGCUUAUAAAGACACCCAAAGCACGAGGAAUCACCCGAACUGACGACACAGAACAACUCAAAAAUUCAAGAUACCCCUAGGAGCAAAACAUCAGUUCCUAUUUAUGAUAAUUUCUACUCUCUUUCCAGUUCGAACUAAUAUUAUUCCAAGUUUAGGUUAUUUUGGCCUAAGAAAAUACAGGGAAAGUAAAUGGGGCAAAUGUACCAAUACAGUUAAACUAAGUGGCAAGGUAGCUUUGGUUACAGGGGCAAAUAGCGGCAUAGGUUUUGAGAUAGCUAAGGAAUUGGCUGCUAGAGAUGCCGAAGUUAUUUUGGCUUGUCGGAGUCUGGAAAAAGCUGCAAGUGCCAUAGAGAAAAUCAGAAAAUCUUUGUUUAAUGAUCCUAGAUUGAUUCCUAUGGAACUGGAUUUGGCAUCACUAAAGUCUGUAAAAACAUUUUGCGAACACGUAAAACAAGAAUAUUCGGAAAUUAACAUUUUAAUUAAUAACGCGGGCGUUUCGUACCCAAGGACUGAAAGAUUACAAACAACAGAUGGAUUUGAAAUUCAUUUUGGUACUAACCACUUAGGACAUUUCUAUUUAACAAAUCUUUUGGAAGAUUUGGUUGCUAGAGCCCAAGGCAGGAUAAUUGUUGUGGCCUCAACCUUGCAUGAAAAGGGAAACUUAGAUCUACAUGCCCUCAAAAGUUUGCAAUUUGCACCUAAUGAGAACCUGUAUGCUAAUUCAAAGUUGGCUAAUGUGUACUUUGCACAGGAAUUAGCCAAAAGAAGCAAAGAGAAAGGCAUUAAGGUGUAUGCUAUUUGCCCUGGUUGGGCUUAUACUGGCUUAUUUCGACAUGCCUUUAAAUGGUACCAUGUAAUUUUGGUGGCUCCUAUUGCUUUCUUUUUUAUGAGAUCUUCAAAACAGGCUUCUGAAACAGCCAUAUAUUGUGCUACAGAGCCAUCCCUAGAAAAAGAAACAGGAUUUUUAUAUAGAGACUGUAAAAAAUAUAAUAGUAAAGCUAUAUUAUAUGACCAGUUGGCUAAAGAUUUAUGGAGGGAAUCUGAAGAAAUGAUAAAUAGCAUAGUAGUAAAGUAAUGUGUAAUUAGUUUUUUUGUCAUAUUGUUAAUAAAGUUAGUGUUUAGUAUAAAAUUA